AUGGAGUCCUUUCAAUGCCGGACGGUGGAUGCUAUCUACUUUGGCAAGGGGAAGAAACCAUGGAUACCCCAAACUAAGGUUGUGGAUGACAAGAAGUUCAUUUGCAUCCACAAGGGGGAAAGGCGAAAAGACAAACCCUCCAAUACAGGCAACUUUGGAGUCUUGGAUGAGAUCAAGAAAUUGCGCUAUGAGACGUGCAAUGCCAGGAUGCAAGCAAUCAUAGCUGAAGCUUCUGCUGAUUUACCCGAUGAUCCCAAGGCACGGAAACAAAAACAGAAACAAACUGCCAGGGACAGUGACCACGUCAUUGGUGGUGCAUGGAUCCCCUUGACAAUGCCUCCGAAGGAGGGCAUUGCAGGGCAUACCAUGAACGUCAUAUGGUCUGUGACAUCUCCACAGAUAUGGAUGGAAUACACCAUUGAGAACCUCGAGUACCUGCGAGCCGUGCUUCGCUCUCCAGUUGCUUCCAAAGGUCGGUCCAGACCUGCAAAGGGACAAGGAUGCGGCAGAGCCAAAAAGUCUCGCAAUGCAAAAUCCAAAGCUGAUGAAGCUGCCGAACCAGUUGAACCUGUUGAAUCAGCUGAAGACUUCAACUCGAUGGAUGCUCCUGCUGAAGAUGCACAGAGUGCACAGCUUGCCAAUCCUAACUUUCCAGGGGAUCAUGCUUCUGCAGAGGAGCCCCAUGCAUAG